UACAACACCGGGAAGUAAAUCACGAUCUUCAAUCACAAACGGGUAGACAAGCUUACUGCAGCUGAGUUGCUGCUUUUUUAAUUUCUGACAUUUGCAGCCCCUGCAAAUUUGACCAUCACAAUACUGUAUUCUCAGAUGGUUAUGGACAGAUUGCUGUAAAAAAUGAAGUAAGAAUGACAAUAGAUACAGAAAUAGUUUAAAAUACAAGAUGACAGAGGUGUUGUUUAAGGUAUUGAUUAUUGGUGACCCUACAGUGGGAAAGACAUCAUUUGUGCAGAGAUAUGUUAAUAACUUAUUCAGAAGAGAUUAUAAAAUGACUAUAGGAGUUGAUUUUGCCUUGAAAGUUAUAAAAUGGUCUGAUUCACAGAACAUCAAGUUACAACUCUGGGAUAUUGCUGGUCAGGAGAGAUUCACUUCCAUGACCAGAGUGUACUACAAAGAUGCUCAUGCUUGUAUAGUCAUGUUUGACCUCACCCAGCGGCUCACUUUCCAAAAUACAGUUAAAUGGAAGAAAGACCUUGACACCAAAUGUUCACUUCAGGAUGGGUCACCUGUUCCUUGUCUACUAUUAGCAAAUAAAUGUGAUUUGAACCACCGUGAAGUGGAGCAACCUGAGAUAGAGGAGGUUUGUAAGGAGCAUGACUUUGUUGGCUGGACAGAGAUUUCAGUGAAAGAAGGUUUAAUGGUGGAAGAAUCUAUGAGAUUUUUGAUAGAGGAGAUGAUGGCAAAACAUGCAACACUAGAUGAUUUUUCCGAGUCACUACGCAUGUCAACGUCACCUACGAUACGUCCACAAGCUAGUGAUAAGCCAGCAACUUCAGGGUGUAGUUGCUGACCAAACAUUUAUGUCUAAAGUAAUCCAAGACCUUACAUCUAUAGUUUUACCUGAUAUUAUCUAACAUCUCUGUUAUAAUACAGUCAUGACAUUGCGAAAAUAACAGAAACUUUUCAGUGCAACUUAUGUAAGUAAUUGAUUUAGUAUCAGUUUUUAAUGUAUUUUAGUUCUCGUGUAUUACCAAUAUGUGUUAUCCAGGAAAUGGGAUAAGCGUGAUCCUUGUUGAGUAAUAACUCUAGAAUCACUUAUGCAUUUCUUUUACAGUUUGCAGAGUUUGCAAAAUUCACUUGUAGUAAACAUUUUAAAAUAUUACCAGUAAUAACUUUUUGGAUCAAAAUUCAACUUACUUAAUGAUAUUGAUGAAAGACAAUCAAUAAAAAAGUAACAUAAUAAAUCCAUUUAUGUUUCAUGGCAUGUCUUUAAUAAAUGCGGGUUUGACAUAUUUUAAAUUGUUUUAGAUACUGUCAGAUUUAACAGGGUUAUACACUAAUGGUUGUUGUUUUCCUCAUAUUUUACAUUUGAAAGUGAAAAUAAUGUCUUGUUCAGUUAUUUUAUACAAAUACCUUUGAAACUGAAUGGUCUGCUGCUAGACACUGUUCAAAGCAAAUUAUUCAUGCUGUUGAAAUAUAUCCAUUUAUGCAACAUAUAAAGCCAUCAUCUACAGUUUCUUUUUUAAACAUAAUUGAGCCGCGUCAUGAGAAAACCAACAUAGUGCGUUUGCGACCAGCAUGGAUCCAGACCAGCCUGCACAUCUGCGCAGUCUGGUCAUGAUCCAUGCUGUUUGCUUUCAAAGCUUAUUGCAAUUAGAGAAACCAUUAGCGAACAGCAUGGAUCCAGACCAGACUGCGUGGAUGCGCAGGCUGGUCUGGAUCCAUGCUGGUCGCAAACGCACUAUGUUAGUUUUCUCUUGGCGUGGUUCAGAAGUCAUUAUCAUACCUUUUUAGAUGGAUAAUUAAUUCACUUAAAUGUUUUAGACUAUAAAAUUAUUGUGAUGUGUAGAGCUUAUUCUCUUACAAUGCCCAAGAAUCCUAAAGUAAUGUUAAAUGGCUAUUUCAAAAAGUUCUCUUAAUUGUUUGGCUCUGAAGGACAUUUAUUCAUUAAUUUCAUUGCAGUAUCUUGCUGGCAAGUAUAAUUAUGCUGAACAUUUUUGCAAUAUUCUCAUCAUGAAAUAAUUGCACUGCAGAAUGUAUCAUGAAAACAUAGGUCUUACACUACCACUAUAAUUUUGGGCCUCAUUUCUGAGCUGAUUUUACAGAGUGUUGGACAGAAAGUAUUUUUUUCUUGCAUCAAACAUGACCUUCAAUGUUCUUUUUUAUUUAGCACUGACACUGUUCUUCAGUAAAUGUAGAUUACAUGAUUUUCUAAAUAGGACCUGGAGAAGAAGUUUGUUAAUUUUAUAAGGAAUAUAAAGUUCAGCAAUUUGGUAUGUUAAUGUCUUAGGAAAACAAUUGUCUUCAAACCAUAGAUUUGUAUUUUUAAGCUUUUCCUGCACUUAAGAUGUUUCCAUACCUCAUGUUUUUAUUUCGAUGUAAAUGAGGUGUGAAACCAAAAUUUGUAGUCCUGUUUGGCGCCAUAUAACCUAUACUGUGUUGGUGCGCCGUAAAACCCAAAUAAAUAAAUAGAUAAAUGCACUUAA